UUUCACCUGUUAGACGCCACUCUCGCCCUCUCUUUCUCUUUCUCUUUCGACGCGACCUGUUUGCACAAAUCCCUUGGCACAAAUGAUGAAAGGGCGUCAUCAAUUUCGCCGUCGCUUCAGUCUACAGCCCUCGGCGCACUUGAAGGAAGGACAAGAGGAUGGGCCGACGAAGAAUGUGAGAAAUGACAGACUAUCGGAGGCGGACAGCGGCGGCGGUGGAAAGUCGUCCGAGAGUUCGAUCCGGCAUAAAAUCGUGGUGAUGGGCGCGGCGAAAGUCGGCAAGUCGGCGAUAAUUAACCAGUUCCUUUAUAGCACCUUCACGCCGAAGUACAAGCGGACCGUCGAGGAGAUGCAUCACGGGGAUUUCAACGUUUCCGGGAUUCAUCUGACUCUCGACAUUCUCGACACGUCCGGCUCGUACGAAUUCCCGGCGAUGAGAGAUCUCUCGAUCAAGUCGGCCGACGCCUUCGUUCUGGUUUACGACGUGAACGACUCUAAUACGUUUCUCGAGGUCAGGACACUAAGGACUCAGAUACUCAGUACGAAGGGAGCCGUCCCGAUUGUGGUCGUUGGAAACAAGAUCGACCUCGUAGAGACGGAACAAGAGGUGGAGACCGAGAGCACGAGGGAGCUUGUAACCAUGAAGUGGGAGAACGGCUUUGUGGAAGUAUCCGCGAAGGAAAACCUAAACAUUUCUCAAGUAUUUAAGGAGCUUCUCAUCCAAGCCAAGCUGAAGUACAAUCUGAGUCCGGCGCUGCAACGUCGCCGUCGGCAAUCCCUGCCGCCUCCUCAGCAUUUGAACUCGCGCAGCAGCAGCAGCACCCACGUGCCGUCCCCAGCUCAGUUGCAACAUCUGCAACAGAUCCGCGAGCGUUCCGACUCGAAAAGAAAUUCUUGCAUCCUGUCGUAAGGCGAGAACUCCUCCCUCCCGGCGUUGCCCCGCGAGAAAUCUUCCCUGAUAAUUCCACCGAUACCGGCCGAUGCGUCCAGUCCCGCAAAAUUAUCCAAUUGUUACAUACAGCAGGCGAUUGAUUGAGAUCCGAAUUCAUUUGCUACGGACUACGGAUAUGAUAUAGACUAUGAAUAUCGAUUAAUGAUAAACGAAUGAUAAUCGCGGAAGUUGGACGGAAAUCCUCGUGUGAAUCCGCGAAAAAUGUUGCGACAAUUCGGUAUUCGUCCAUAAAGUAUGAAUUAUAAAAUUAUAAUCUAAUAAGCGAGACCACGAGAAUAUACAGUAUUUCAGAAAGGUUUCACUCUCUCUCUCUUUCUCUCUUUGGUGUCAUCGCUUUCAUGUAUCAA